AUGGACAACCAAAUCACGGAGCAGCACAGCAGCAGCGAUUCUCAAGACGACCAACAAUCAGAUGAGUCUAUUCAAAGUGUUGUUCCAACCAUUUCAAUAUCUGAUUUAUCUCAUAAUGCACAUUGCAGCAAGGACAUUCCGAAACCUAUGUCAGAAAAUCAUCGAGAAUCGGAAAUUCAAAUCAAAAAAAGGAUGUCUGAGGUACCCCCGCUAGGACAAUUGAAUGGAUCUCAGCGAUUUAAAUUGCAACAGAACGAGUUGCAUUUAGAUACCCUCAAUCAUACCAAUCAAGAACUUCAUCAAGCACUGGAGAGUUCAAGUCUACCCCCACUCACGUGCGAGGAGUUGAAUGGGUUGGAACGAACUAUCAACGCGGAUUGGAAGGAGAUGCUCGACGUUCAUACGAGUUUAAGCGACGAGUUAAAUCCAACUCAAGAGGACAUCAUCAAGGAGACCUUCCAGAGCGCAACAGUCCUGAAGAGAGAGUGUCUCAGGAUGAUCUUUCGUCUAAAUGGAGAGUUGCAGAGAAAAUCAGCUCAGAGCAACUCAACCUCAUCAAGUCAGUUACAUCAAUUAAAGCGCAUCAGCUUACCUCCAUUCGAUGGGAGGCACUCAGAAUGGAAACAAUUCAGUGACCUGUUUCAGUCAUUGGUAGGAAAGGAUCAAUCCAUCCCGCCAGUGCAGAAGCUGUUUCGACUGAAAGAAGCCCUGAGGGGAACAGCUGCUAGUCUCAUAUCUACGUUCACAGUUACUGACGAUAAUUACGAGAAAGCUUGGGAGAAGCUCGUGAGGAAGUACGAGGAUCCCAGAUUGAUUACUCAAGCUCUAUUCAAUCGAAUCCUCAAUCUUCCGAAAAUCAGCAAGGCAACUGAGGAGAGCCUCAGCUCCAAUUCAGCAGCCGCUCUGGAGACAAUGGACCAGCUUGUAGCCAUGACUGGUCUAUCCAAGGAGCAGCUUAUCGAACAGAUGAUCGUACAUCUACUCAGGAAGUCACUGGACACUGAGACAUUAAGAGCCUGGGAGCUGUAUGUGGGCAGCUCUAAGGAUUUUCCUACCUUGCAAGAAGUCACUAGCUUCGUUGACUCUUGCGGUAGAGGUAUCAACGCUGGCUCUAAGCUACAUGCAAACACAGAGAAAAACCAUCAGAGUACAUCAGCAAUGCAUCAUCGAAAGAAGAGCGCUCUCGUCGUAGCGAGUGCUCAGAAAGAGCCAGGACAAACCCCAAAGGAUUUUUCAAAGGACAACUGUGCCUUCUGCAAGGAGGCACACUUCAUCUCCAGCUGUCCUAAAUUCAUCGAUCUAUCACCUGAGAAGAGGAAUGAGGUGGUGGCCAGCAAAAGGCUGUGUUUCAAUUGUCUUGGACCACAUCUGUUCUCCAAAUGUAAGAGCAGCAAGACUUGUUACACCUGCAAGAGAAGACACCACACCCUCAUUCACGGCGGAAACUCCUACACUGGAAGUGGAGGGGCUGAACGAAGACUUUCCACAGCAGGAGACCAACCAAUCGCCGGACCCUCGCAUAACGGAAUAGCACGAGAAAAUUCAUCAACAUCAAUCAUCAAUGAGAAGAUCAGUGAGCCAACGGAGAAAAUCAUCGAGGAAGGUAUCAACAAUCAGGAAAUCAGCCAGCAGAGCAGUCAUCAUUCUUCAGGAGAUCAUCAGCACGUACUGCUUGCAACAGCACAAGCCAAAGCUUAUUCAGCGAAGGGCUAUUCACUCCUAGCAAGGAUACUAAUCGAUCAAGGCUCAGAGCUAUCAUUCGUCUCUGACUCUUUAGUGCAUCAGCUUCAACUUCAACGGAGGUCAUCAUCAAUAGAAAUAGCAGGAAUAGGAGGAAUCAAUUCAGGUCGCACGAGAGGAGUCGUUUCAAUACUUCUCCAGGCAGUUCAUACCACGCAACAAAUUCAAAUCCACGCACAUAUUUUAAAGAAGUUAACCGCAAGACUGCCAUCGUUCUCGUGUUCGACAACCGGGAUCAACCACUUCCGAGGUCUUCAGCUAGCUGAUCCUGGCUAUCUUACACCUGGUCCAAUAGACAUCAUCAUAGGGGCGGACAUCUACGGGCGGAUCAUCGAAAACAGAGUCGUCAAGCCCAAACAAACUCACCUAGUUGGCCAACAAACGAUUUUCGGCUGGAUAAUAACCGGGCCAAUCGAGAAUCAAGGUUGUUCACCGAGAGUAUCCCUAACGGCCGUAAGGAACUCAUCGAACGAACAACUAUUAGAGCUAUUGCAAAAAUUCUGGACCCAGGAGGAGUUACCAUAUAACUCACAUCAAGAGCUAUCACCAGAGGAAAUCGAGUGCGAAGAAUUCUUUAAACGCACACACUUCAGAGAUAUCAAAGGACGGUACAUAGUGAGACUACCCUUAAGGACAUCAGCAAAAGUGCUAGGAGAAUCGAGAUUCAUUGCCUCAAGGCAACUCCAAUCAGUCACAAGGCGCCUCAAAUCAAACGCGGCCUACGCCAAACUCUACACAGAAUUCAUCGAGGAGUACGAGUCACUUGGACACAUGAAGAAAUCAGCGGAGAGCACAGAACCCGCAAUAGCCUAUUAUCUACCGCAUCAUGGGGUUCUGCGCACAGACGCAAUCACAACAAAGUUAAGAGUUGUGUUCAAUGGAUCAAGUCCAAGUUCAUCGGGGUUGUCGCUGAACGACAUCCUCUACCCUGGUGAAAAACUUCAGGUUGACACAAUGAACGUGCUGACCUGGCUUAGAAGACAUCGGUUCACAUUUGGAACGGACAUCGUGAAGAUGUUCAGACAAAUAGCAGUGCAUGAAGACGAUUGGGAUCUACAAAGGAUUCUGUGGCUUAACGAGAAUCAUGAGCUCAUCAUCUAUAGACUUACCCCAGUAACCUAUGGACUCAAUUGCUCUCCAUGGCUCUCACUUCGAGUCCUUCAACAAUUAGCCGAAGACGAAGGACAUCGCUAUCCAGCCGCAGUCGAGACUCUCACCAAAGGCCGUUAUGUAGAUGACAUUUACGGCGGAGCAGACACAGUACAUCAGCUUAAAGAAAUCGCUUGGCAGCUACAAGGUCUCUGCGAAGCAGGAGGAUUUCCCCUACAGAAGUGGAGCACCAACUGCCCAACGGCACUGGAAGAUUUAGGUUUAUCAACUAAUUCAUCACCUAUCCAAUUCGAGGAGUCUAUUACUAAGGUGCUCGGACUGUGCUGGCACCAAUCGAGUGACACAUUUCGUUACAAAUCCAAGGAAUUCACCUCACAGACCUUUACUAAGAGAUCAGUGCUAUCAGAGAUAGCCCAACUAUUCGAUCCAUUAGGAUUUCUAGCUCCAGUCGUCGUACGAGGCAAGAUGAUCAUCCAGGACUUAUGGAGACUCAAAAUCAAUUGGGAUGAAUCACUUCCUCAGGAGUACGUUCGAAAAUGGAGAAACUUCAGAGAAAAUAUCAAUGAACUAGAGAAGAUAUCUGUACCCAGAUGGCUGAGAAUCUCAUCAAACACAUCUGGCAUCGAGAUUCACGGAUUUGCAGAUGCAUCAACCGUUGCAAUGAGUGCAGUGGUGUAUAUCCGUUGCAAGGAGAUCAACAAACCAGCAUCAGUGACAAUGGUCUGCGCUAAAACAAAGGUGGCGCCUCUCAAACGUAUGACCAUCCCCAGACUCGAGUUAACCGCAGCUGUACUGCUCACUCAGUUAGUGGUCACAACGCAGAAGAUGCUGGAAUUAACAGACGAGAAAAUUCACCUGUGGUCUGAUUCAGCAGUAGCACUGGCUUGGAUCAGGAGCCACUCAUCACGAUGGAAGGACUUCGUUCAAAAUCGAGUAAAUAAAAUUCAGGAGUCACUUCCCACCGCUACCUGGAGGCACAUCAGUGGAAAGGAAAAUCCAGCUGACUGCGCCUCCAGGGGAAUAACAACGAGGGAAUUAUCAGAGCAUAAACUAUGGUGGUCAGGACCCGAGUGGCUAACUCAAGAGAAUGACCACUGGCCAUCAUCACCAAUCGACAUUCCAGAGGAAGCAGCAAUAGAAGCAAGAGCAACUCCAGCUCAUCCAGCAACAGCAAUGCAGGUUAAAGAAAUUGCGGCAAUCCUCAAUAAAUACUCAACACUAGAGAAAGUCCUACAAGUAUCAGCCACAAUAAGUAGGGCAAUCAAGAGAUUUAGAAGAGAAGAGGUCCCCCAGUCACCUGUCCUUACAACUCAAGAGCUCAACGAGGCCAGGAUAUUCUGGGUAAAAUUAACACAAACUCAAUAUUUUGCCUCUGCUUACAGGAUACUUGUGAGAGAUCAACAACUGCCAAAAAAUCAUCCAAUGGCUAAGUUGACGCCAAUAAUCAAUGAAGAGGGCAUCAUCAGACUUGGUGGCCGCCUCAAAAACUCUCUAUUAGACCCUGACGAGAUUCAUCCAGUUAUUCUACCUCGUCAGUCUCGCCUCACCACAUUAAUUAUCGAAGAAGCUCAUCGGAGAACCCUGCAUGGCGGCAUUCAACUAACACUAGCCUACACCCGCCAGAAAUAUUGGAUCAUCGGAGGACGAGGAACGGUACGCGCGUAUAUUUUACGCUGCGCCAUUUGCACCAGGCACCGAGCAAGAAGGGCGCAGCAACAGAUGGGCCAGCUACCAGCCGUAAGAGUAUCUCCGACGAGAGCGUUUCUCCACACGGGAGUGGACUACGCAGGACCCCUUCCCAUCCUCAAAUGGCGACCCACAAACGCUCAACCCUCACGGGUACAUAUUGCAGUAUUUGUGUGUUUUAGUACAUCAGCAGUCCAUUUGGAGUUGGUUACAAGGGAAACGGUAGAGGGAUUCAUCGGAGCCUAUAAGAGAUUCACCGGAAGGAGAGGUAUCCCAAAGGUCAUGUACAGUGACAACGCAACAACGUUCACCGGAACGUCCAAGGUCCUCACCAGGCUCUACAAUCAGCAGACCGAAGAAAAUCAGCGAAUCCAAGCUGCCCUCGCCACGAAUGGGACCCAGUGGAGCUUUUCACCGCCUAGAGCCCCCCAUUUCGGUGGAAAAUGGGAGGCAGCCGUUAAAUCGACGAAGCAUCACCUAAAGAGAGUCCUCGGGCCAUCGACAUACACCUACGAGGAACUCAAUAGCGUCCUGGUUCAGAUAGAAGCCUGUCUGAACUCCAGGCCAAUCACCCCAAUGUCGGAUGACCCAGAGGACCUACAAGCGCUCACCCCAGGACACUUCCUGAUCGGUGAGCCUCUGCAACUAGUUCCAGAGCCAUCACUAGUCAAUGAGAAUCCUAUCAAGCUGCAGAGAUGGAAUCUAGUCACGCAGAAGGUUCAACAAUUCUGGGCCAGGUGGUCCAGAGAAUGCCUUCAAAGAUACCAGGCCAUCUACAAGUGGAAUCAACGGAGAGAAAACAUCAAGGUCGGGGACAUGGUUCUCAUGGUAGAUGAGGACUAUCCACCCGCACAAUGGCCAAUAGCAAGAGUUAUAGCUGUUCAUCCAGGAGCUGACAGUUUAACAAGAGUAGCAACUGUCAGAACAUCAAGAGCAGUCGUUCCAACAAAUCAGAACGGCACACCCAUCAUCGAGAGAGUUAGCAGUACGAGUAUGACGUUCAAGAGACCUAUCGCCAAGCUCUGUCUCUUACCGACGGAUCCACCACCAGCAGAAACUCCUCCAGAAGAUGAGCCAGAGCCAGAGCCAGAGUUAAUCGACGAGUAA